AGAAUGUCGUCUGAUAAGAAGGCACCUGUUGAUUUGGGUCUUCUGGAAGAAGACGAUGAGUUCGAAGAAUUUCCCGCCGAAGACUGGACGGGAUUAGAUGAAGAUGAAGAUACACAUGUCUGGGAGGAUAACUGGGAUGAUGACAAUGUAGAAGAUGAUUUUUCAAAUCAGUUAAGAGCUGAAUUAGAGAAACACGGAUACAAGAUGGAGACAUCAUAGCUUCCACCAUUGCGAAGAUCAAAUAACCUUUUUGUGUAUUAAAAUAUUCUUUCAUAGUUUGUCUAAGUAUAUUUGUGUUUCUUAUUUGGUUUUAAUAAAUGUCUUGCCCCAUUUAA